UGCGCGCAGUGAACCUGUGAUUUGGCGUGAUAGAAUCUCACACAAGGGUUAUGAAUUAGAAAAGCAACAAGAGAACUAUGUGGUUUAUGGUCUUAUUGAGCUGGUUGGCCUUUGUGGUACAACUAUGUUUCUUGACUUUGGCAAUAGCUGCAGGGUUGUAUUAUUUGGCUGAAUUGGUGGAGGAGUAUACAACUAUGACUGGCAAAAUACUGAAAUAUCUAAUUGUGAUAAGCACAUGUGUUUACGUUGGUUUGCUGCUCUUUGAAGACUUACCAUUUAGUUUAAUAGCACUUGGUUUGCUGUCUAAUGGUGUUUACUAUCUAAUGUUAAACACUUUCCCAGUGAUUGAAUUUACUUCACCAACAUUUUUGGCUGGCAUAGCUCUACUUUUCAUCAAUCAUUAUUUGGCAUUUUCCCAUUUUGCCACUGUUUGGUAUCCAUUCUCAGAGGUUCUUGGUUUUUUCACAAUUUGUUUGUGGUUAGUUCCAUUUGGAUAUUUUGUUUCCCUGUCUGCCAAUGAAAAUGUCCUUCCAACAAUAUCAGAUAAAACUGAGAGGGAUGAAACUACUGAUGAAGGUGAUAUAGUAACAAGCUAUUUUAAAAGGAAAUCAAAGAAAAUUGGACUGCUUUCAUUUCUUAAAAGUGCCCAAGAGACUAUUCUUCCACAGAGAGUCAAGAAGUCGUAUUGAUUGGGACACACUUUUCCAGCCACAACUAUACAACUAAAGGGAUGGAGCAUGGAUCAAAAGUUUGAUAUCAAAUUUAUCAAUGGAUAUAAAUAUUCAUUUGGCAUAUCUAUAUUGCAUACUUCAUGUGUCCACUCUUUAUUAUGCUUUGAGCAUCUUAUAUGCAAUUUUAGUAAAUAGAUUGACAUUAGGGAGUGCUCUAGUCACUUUGUCAAGAAACGGAAUAAUGGUGGUUUUUACAAAGUAGUGGAAACCAGUAUUUGGGUGCCCAUAAUGGUCAAGAUGGUGGAUCUCUACUGAUUUUGGUAAUAUUUUUUAGUUAAUUUUGUUGUGGGGGCUAUUUAAGCAAGAGGAGUGAGGUUAAAUAGGUAAGCAAUAUAUAUAAAAUGCAUUUUUGUAAGGUCAGACACUGAAAUACUUAAAAGAAGAAUGUCCAUUGUUAGUAGGAUGGUUUAGUUAAUAAGAAGCAGUGAAUUAAAGGGGAAAAAAUAAAAUGUUGUUCCCAGAUAUUACAAAUGUUUCAUGUGCUUGUUAUUUGUUAAUAAACUAAGUUAUGUACCUUAGUGCCAAUUUUAAACUUUAUUUAUUUUGCCACUGGUAUAUGUGUGUGAGGCUGAGCAGGGUGCAGGGCUCCUAGAGAUGGCAAAAUGUAGAUGGUUGAUGUUUCUGUAUGUUUGUUGUAUUCAUCUUAGCAUAAUGUGUUCCCAUCUUUGAUAAGAUACUAUUGGCUAGGCAUAAAAUGCCAUAUUGCUUGGAAGGUGAAAAUAAAAAAAGUUUGGUAUAUUUGAA